AUGAAGUUUGCGUACAAGGAGGAGCACACUUUCGAAGCCAGGCUUCAGGAAGGCGAAAAAAUAUGCAAGAAAUACCCUAACUGUGUCCCGGUUAUUGUGGAGAAGUCUCCUCGGGCUAAUGUUCCUAACCUUGAUAAGAAUAAGUAUCUUGUUCCUGCUGAUCUCACUGUCGGCCAGUUUUACUUCCUCAUCCGCAAACGAAUUCAGCUGAAGCCUGAGCAGGCCCUGUUUUUCUUCGUGGACAACACAAUUCCACCGACUAGCGCUAACAUGGGUGCUCUCUAUGAGGAGUAUCGGGAUCUGGACAAAUUCUUGUACAUUGCUUACAGCGAUGAAAGUGUGUACGGCUGA